UAAAAUAAUCUGAUUUUUAUUAAAAAUGUAUAAAUUAGGCAAUCAUAAUUUUGUAGUCAUGGGCAAUAAAAAAUACUACACAACAAUGGCCUUAAACUGAACAGAACAGAGUAUGCAGGCUUCUACAUUUUAGAUCUGAUUAAUGAGUUGAUUACAAAAAUGUGUCAGCAGUAAUCAAUAGAUCCUGCUCGAGUGAUCUGUUACUGAUUAGUAACAGGGCAAGAUGGAUGUGGUGGCCAUAUUAAAGCCCCCAGCAAAGACCAUGUCAACACCAGACCAUAAUAUUUAGCUGAACAUAUUAAUGAGAAACACAGUGGUGUGCUAUUCAGGCUACGGCAUAUUGACUAGUGAAUAGUGAUAAUCCAUUUUCAGAACCAUUCUCCUGUGCCUUGAUUUGCAUUAAAAUCCAAGAAUAUAGUCAGAAAUGGUUUUUGGUAAACACCUGAUCAUGAGGAACAACUGUGAUAUACUCAUUUUUAGAUCAUUCUUUCCUAUGGGACAACACAAGAAUGUCAUAAGAAGAGCAUAUGAUUCAGCAUUGUGACAAUGCUUCAUAAAUGUGCAGGUGCGAUUAUUAACAGAUCCGUCUUCACGGCCUGUCAGGAUCUCUGAAGGCUGUUCAGUCUCUGUGAGAGAGUAAUCCUGGUUCAAAGGUCGUUAUAAGCGUUUUCCAUCAGAACAAUGGUGCUAAAAGUCCAAUAAGCUGUUUGUUGAGUGCUGGAGAUCAAUCGCUGAUUCUUCUGUCCGCAGUCAAUAAAGCUGGCUGAUGUAUAUGUAAUUAACAAAUACUUGAGUGUAAUACAGAGUAAGUUUGCGGCCAUCGUGGGUCAUGGUCUGUGAGAGAGUGAUAUGGAUGAGGUGCAGAAACACUGCAUAUUAGAUCUCUGGGAUUAUAUAAAGGCCGGACUGAUCCGUCGUGAGCCACAGACGCAUGGAGUGUGAGGAAUGAGCACCGGACCAGGAUUCCUGACUACAGCAGCAAUGAUCAACGGGUCAGAGUGGUCUCCGGCUUGUCUGCCGUGUUCUGCAGACGAGGGCCGGACCUGCAGUAAAGCUCCUGAAGUGGCCAGCGUCAGAGUUCAGCUGGAGAUGCAGAGCCUGUGGCGGCAGUUUGACCAGCUGGGCACUGAGAUGAUUGUGACGAAAGCUGGAAGAAGGAUGUUUCCUACAUUUCAAGUACUCAUUUCUGGCAUGGACCCUGCUGCAGAAUAUGUUCUCCUGUUGGACUUUAUUCCUGUUGAUGACAAACGAUACAGGUACGCUUUCCACAGCUCCUCCUGGAUGGUGGCUGGACGUGGAGAUAUAGCCGCCCCGGGACGAGUGCACUUCCACCCGGACUCUCCCGCACGAGGAGCGCAGUGGGUCAAACAGACCGUCUCAUUCGACCGCCUCAAACUCACCAACAACCUGCUGGACGACAACGGCCAUAUGAUCCUGAACUCCAUGCACCGGUAUCAGCCGCGGCUGCAUGUGAUUCUCGUGGACAGGAGCCGUGACAGUCAGCGCUACGCUCACCGCAACUUCUGCACCUUCAUCUUCCCAGAGACCCGCUUCAUCGCAGUCACCGCCUACCAGAACCACAGGAUCACCCAGCUGAAGAUUGCUUGCAACCCCUUCGCCAAAGGCUUUCGUGCAGCAGAUUCUGAAAACAGACAUUCAGCUCAGUGUCAGACAGAAUCUGCUGGCCUGUCUUUGCCGUGGAGUGUGUUUGAGGGAUCGUCUCCACGUGAAGACCAGCGGCUACACCACCAACCGCAGCCUCAACGCAGAUCAAACGCUCAUGAUCCAGCCCUACAGACAGCGAUGACUGAGGCGGCGCUCUCGUACGGAGCAGGGACGGACCGCAGGGACGGAGGGUCUCAGGACCAUUUCUACAGCGCUCCUGUGCUCCUCACGGUGCCCUGUCAGUGGGACGGCCCGAGCAGAGCAGACAGAAGCCUGAUCGGAUAACCCAGCCCUCAGUCUUUAUCAGCCUUACACUCUAAAAAUGUGUGUCAGGAAAUCUAAAAGUGUGCUUCAUUUAUUCACAUCAAAUAACAUCACCACCACCAACAAUAACAGUAAAUGAAAAUCAAAUAAAUUAAUUGAAAUGGUCAGGUCAACUAGAAAUAGCUGCUUAUGAUAACAAUAUGUUUACAGAUUAGAUUUAUUACAUUAUAUGUUCAUCAAAAUAAAGGCUCUGUGUUCUGUGAACUGUAUAACUGUGUUCAUGUUCAUGCUUACAUUAAUACUUAC